CUCGUGAGCGGCGUUUCUGCGUCGGCCGAGGACAGCGAAGCGGCUGUGGUUCCCGAGCCCGAGGAGUGCCUGUGAAGAAAACUGGGUAUUUCCCUAAGGUAUCUCGACUUGAUUGUCUUUCCUUGAAGUAUUACAAAUCAGGAUGUCUGCACAGUCAGUGGAAGAGGAUUCAAUACUUAUCAUCCCAACUCCAGAUGAAGAGGAAAAAAUUCUAAGAGUGAAGUUGGAGGAGGAUCCUGAUGGUGAAGAAGGGUCGAGUAUCCCCUGGAACCAUCUUCCUGACCCGGAGGUUUUCCGCCAGAGGUUCAGGCAGUUUGGAUACCAGGAUUCACCUGGGCCCCGGGAAGCUGUGAGCCAGCUUCGAGAACUUUGCCGUCUGUGGCUCAGGCCAGAGACACACACAAAAGAACAAAUCUUGGAGCUGGUUGUACUGGAGCAGUUUGUUGCCAUUCUCCCCAAGGAGCUACAGACUUGGGUUCGAGAGCAUCAUCCAGAGAAUGGAGAGGAGGCAGUGACAGUCCUGGAGGAUUUAGAGAGUGAACUAGAUGACCCUGGACAGCCAGUUUCUCUUCGUCGACGAAAACGGGAAGUGUUAGUGGAGGAGAUAGUAUCUCAAGAAGAAGCUCAGGGAUUACCGAGUUCUGAGCUUGAUGCUGUGGAAAACCAGCUGAAGUGGGCAUCCUGGGAGCUCCAUUCCCUAAGGCACUGUGAUGAUGAUGCUAGGACUGAAAAUGGAGCUCUAGCUCCAAAGCAGGAGAUUCCUUCAGCAGGAGAAUCUCAUGAAGUUUCCGGCACUCUCAAUAUAGGUGUUCCUCAAAUCUUUAAAUACGGAGAAACCUGUUUCCCUAAGGGCAGGUUUGAAAGAAAGAGAAAUCCCUCCCGAAAGAAACAGCAUAUAUGUGACGAAUGUGGGAAACACUUCAGUCAGGGCUCAGCCCUUAUUCUUCAUCAGAGAAUCCACAGUGGGGAGAAACCCUAUGGAUGUGUUGAGUGUGGGAAAGCAUUCAGCAGGAGUUCCAUCCUCGUGCAGCACCAGAGAGUCCACACUGGAGAAAAACCUUACAAAUGUCUCGAAUGUGGAAAAGCUUUUAGCCAGAAUUCUGGGCUUAUCAAUCACCAGAGAAUCCAUACUGGGGAGAAACCUUAUGAAUGCGUUCAGUGUGGGAAAUCCUAUAGUCAAAGCUCAAAUCUUUUUAGACAUCAGCGAAGACACAAUGCAGAAAAACUUCUCAAUGUUGUGAAAGUUUAAGAAAUUAAAAAAAAAAAGUCAGCACUCAGGUCUUUUUCUUCUCAAAUGAAGACAAAAUUAAAAACAUGAAAUGACAUAGUUUUCCUAUAGACUGUUAGAAAAUCCACUGGGAAAUGUAGAAAAUCUUCACCCAUUAUUAUUAUCUUGAAAGGAAUGGUGUCAUACCUGCCUAGAAACUGAAAUUUUAAACUUAAUUCAGGUGUUAAUGCCUAAUCUUCCAUGUGAUAUUUCUUAUUAUUUUUCCUAAUGAUGAACUACCUGAUCUUUGUCCCUUUGUUACAAAGUUUGCUUCUUAGACAGAUACAUUAUUUGUGUUGGUCAUCAAAAUGUUCUUUGCAAGGAUACAUUCCCUUCUGCAUUGAAAAGCAACAUAAGAAUUACAAAAUCUGAAAACUGAAACCACUUUUUCCAAAUUUACCUGUUUCCUUUUACCUAAUUUGAAUAUGAAUUUUUGAAAAUAGAAGAUAAAAGGUGACCAAAAACCAGAGUGAAAUGAGCCUUAAAACUCAGAUAAGAAGUGACGGUUGAUAAAACGUCAAAAAGUCAAUGGGACACCUAGAUUGGGGAAGACUGACAAAUACUUUGAUCCAAGAAUUGAAGUGUAUCAAGAAUUUAUUCUAGGUAUAAUUAUCUGCCUGCUGGAAAACUCAAAAAUAGCUCAUCCUACCUGUAAUUGAGAAGCAACCCACUCAUGAAAAUAAUGUCUUCUCAUGUAUCAUUAGAAAGUGAACAGUCUAAACAAACAGUUGUAAAGCUUUGAAGGUAGAAAUUAUAACACUAGGGGAGGACCUGUAGUGAAUGGCAGUGUUGAAGGGCAAAUGUAAACGAGUAAUGGUCUGUCUUGGCUUUUAGAAAACAGAAGACUUGAAGAUCUAAGUCGUCGUUAUUUUUCCUUCAUUUUUGUUGAGGACAGGAAAAUCCCUGAUAGGUGAGGAACAAGGUAUCAGGGUUUUGAUUUUACUCUUUUGGUACAAAAGGGUUGAACACCAAGCUAACAGAGCAGCCAUGCGUUUAUUAUUAAAUUUUCUACCAACAAGGCACUGUGCUAGGUACUGUAACCCUGCCAUGGGGAGGUAGGUAUUCUUCCACUGUAAAUCACUGGGGAUUGGUAUAAAGCUGUUUCCUGUGAGUUAGCCUCUCCCCCCCGACCCCAGUCUAAGCAGUCCUGGGAUGGGGGGUCACCUCUGAGAUUUCUAGAGCCAUAGUUCUCUUACCAGGGUGUUGUAUUGGGGAAAGGAGGACUCAGCUCAAAGAGCUAGCCAGCUUGUCAGCAGUCUUCAGAGGUGAGUCCAAGAUAAUAUCACAGUUUGGAAGUUUAUGGGUCUUUUAUUAAAAAAAAAAAAACCUAAUCAAUCUCUAGUAGUAUUGAGGUUGUACUUAACAUAUUAGGUUGAAUGGAUUGUUCUAUUUAAAAAAGAACUAGGCUAUUAACAACUAGUUUAUUAAUUGUCAGAGUUGG